AUGACCCUGCAGGUUGCAGAUAGCUCAGUGAGAAGACCUCGAGGAGUGGUUGAGGAUGUUCUAGUUCGAGUUGACAAACUUAUCAUUCCAGUGGACUUUGUGAUUUUAGAUGUGGACGAUGAUGUUGACGUCCCAUUGAUUUUCGGUCGCCCAUUCCUUAACACUUCUGGUGCUUUGAUUGAUGUCAAGGGAGACCAGAUGACCUUGAGGGUUGGAGAUGAACAAGAGGUUUUGGCUCUAAAUCCCUUGGACGAGUACUUGGAGGGGUUCGAGAUCAAUGAGGUUGAGGCCAAGGUCCCCUCUCCUCCAUCAACUCACAAAGUAGCCCAAAUGGAGGCUAGCCCACCACCUCAUGGACAUAAAAAUAAAAUGGUGAAGAAAGUGUGGAGAAAAGCGAAUGGUAACAACACUUUGCUAAAGAAUGGAGGUAACUCUCCACCAUAUGUUCCACCAUGA